AUGUAUUAUUUUGGUAAUUAAUGUCAGAAUAGUAAUUAACUCCAAAAGUAUAAACACCUACAUAUCCAGAAAAUUAUGACUAAACUUACAUCGCAAAGUUUAAUUAAAAGUUAAAAGUAAUAAAUAUUGAACUUGACCAGGUUAACACAAAUUGCCAGUGGAUGCUAAAAAUUAUGUAAUCAAAAUGGCGACCCCGGCACCGACGAGGACGACGAGCAAAGCAAAAUUAGAAAAAAUUCAACAAAAAUUUAAGAAUUCUGUUGAAAAUGGAAAAUUCUAUGAGGCUAGUCAAAUGUCUAAAACUUUAUUUUAUAGAUAUAAAUCGUUAAAGCAGUAUGAUGUAGCAGAAACAAUACUUUAUGAAAGUAUUCUUACAUUACUCCAACAUGAACAGAUUGAGAGUGCUUUUGAGCUUGCACGAUUGUUGGUGUCAUUAUAUAGGGAAUCAAAACAAGAGAUUACGUCUGAACCUGUUGAUAAAUUAAUAAAAAUUAUAUCGUGUUCGAAACCCUCACAAACAAGAAAAGACUUUAUACAAGAAUCGUUGAACUGGACUGUGCCACUACAUAAACAUGGACAUCCAAGUAUUCAUCUUAUAGUUGCAAAUAAGUAUUGGGAAGAGAAAAACUACCAAUGUGCACGGCAACAUUUUAUAUACACUUCUGAAGGCUCACAGUGCGCAGCAUUUCUAAUCGAAUAUCAUGUUGUGGCAGGCUUCCCUGGUGAAAUCGAUUUGUUUGUCACACAAGCUGUUCUUCAAUACCUAUGUCUUCAAAAUAUCCUGACAGCGAAUACAAUAUUUACUGGCUACACUUUGAAGCAUCCUGGAAUACAACGAAAAACACGACCAUAUAAACAGCCACUACUGAACUUCAUCGCAUUCCUUUUGUUGAUUGUUGAGAAGGGUAACCUAGAACAAUAUACAAUACUAUGUGAACAAUACCAACUGUCAAUUAACCGAGAUCCAACAUAUCCACUGUAUUUGGACAAAAUUGGACAGCUAUUUUUUGGCUUGCCACCACCGAAAAAAGACAAAUCUGGUAUACAAGGAAUGAUAGGUGAUCUUAUGGAUUCGUUAUUAGGGGGAGGCAACACAAGUGACGCUCCCGACAUUGCUAUGGAUAUUAUUUCAGACGACGUGGAUUAGAAUGAUAGCUUUUAAUUUGCAUAGUCGUUUUCUAGUUUAAAAUGUAAUCAACACAGUGUUAUUUAACUAUAUACAUGCUUGAUUGUGUAUUUUGUUAAGUUUAAUUUUUAUGCCUCCAGUUGCAUUCAUAAACCAAAUUGUAAACACAAA